AUGCAGUAUGUAUCAAUCAAUGGAAGGGGUCGCUUCGAGCUAUUAACUCUAUCAGGCUCAUACACUUGUACAGCAACCGGAAAUGUACAACGCGAAAUAGGCAGGCUAAGUGUUUCACUGGCCAAUCCUGAUGGGAGUGUUUUUGGUGGUACCGUUGUAGGAUCUUUAGUUGCAGCUAUGCCAAUUCAACUCAUCCUUGGGAGUUUCAAGCAGAACAUUAAGUUGCAACUUCUCAGGAGGCACUCCACUGAACCUUCAACGGCUAUGGGCUCGCCUAGUGUUUCGGAUAGAGCAAAAAUUCCCACACCAACUGCCAAGUUAGAGAACGUUGAGGAGAAUUCUGUUUCGACACCAAAUGGCGAUGAAAACACCAUCAGCGACCACAAUCUUACUCGUGCCUUUCUUCAAAAUUCUGAUCAGAAUGGCUCACAGCCGUCUGAUCCUGUGUCUGAUGAAAAAACGUCUAUGGGCUCGUCUAGUGUUUUGGAUAGAGUACAAAUUCCAAAACCAACUGCCAAGUUAGAGAACGUUGAGGAGAAUUCUGUUUCGACACCAAAUGGCGAUGAAAACACCAUCAGCGACCACAAUCUUACUCAUGCCUUUCUUCAAAAUUCCGAUCAGAAUGGCUCACAGCCGUCUGAUCUCGUGUCUGAUGAAAAGGCUCUUACAUGAACUGAUGUCCUUGAGAUACAAUGGUAGGGUAUGUUCUCUCCCAAUUGAAAUUACAAAAUCAGGAGCAACUUUUGUAUUCUCGAUGUCAUUAGCGCAGUGCUUAAGACUUAGCGGAAUUAUUUUG